GCGGUAUUUUAACAAACUAAGUGGUAAAGAGUAAGUGUAUUGUUGCCCGUGUUUGGUGGUAUCGAUGAGCUUGAGGAUUAAUUAAGAGAAUAGAGAAUCGUCAUAUGAAUAGAAUUCGGAAUAGACAAUAAUUCCGUCAAGAUGUCAGAAGAAAUUUCAGUAAAGCCUCCCUAUGAGGUGAUUAACCUAUCGACUCUGCCGAAUUUGAACAUCCAACAACUUACAAUGUUUAAACAACAAUUGGACAAGGAACUCGAGGUAUUUCAAGAUUCUUUGCAUACUUUAAAGAUUGCGCAAAGCAGAUUUCAAGAAUCAGGUGCUUGUCUUGAAAAAAUUACAUCGGCUGCUGAAGGCAACGAAAUAUUAGUACCUUUGACAGGUUCUAUGUACGUGACUGGAAAACUGGCAGAGGCGAAUAAUGUGAUUGUAGAUGUUGGUACUGGCUAUUAUGCAAAAAAGAAUAUUGACGAUGCGAAGGAUUAUUUUAAAAGAAAAGUGGAUUAUGUAACAGAGCAAAUGGAAAAGAUUCAACAGGUUGGAAUUGAAAGAACCAAAUUGAGAGAAGCAACAAUAGAUAUAAUAGAUGCAAAGAUUCAACCUCAUUGGGAAAAAGAUCGUGGGUUAGGAUUACGAAAGUGAUAAGUUUAAAUGGACGAUUUUAUUUUAUAUACAUUUUAUCAUAAAUAAUUCACUAUUGUUUGAAUCUAUUUGGAAAUCUAUGUUGAAUCUGAAUGGCUUUGAGAUAUUACAUAUGAAUGCACAAUAGUAAUAACUGAUUUCAUGUAUAAUAGUAAUAAGAUGGUUUCAUUUAGCGCAA